AUGAAAUUGUCGUACAGUUUAUUUCUGUUGUGGACUCUGGUGGCUCUAGGCCAGGGAGACUAUCAAAUUGUCGACCCAAAUCUCUUCUUCCCCCGGGAGCCAGUCACACCUUACUCCUUCCCUAGUCCCAACGCGACUGGGAUGGGCGGGUGGGAUGUUGCCAUUGCAAGAGCGAGGCGAUUUGUUACUGAGCUGACGAUCGAAGAAAAAGUUUCCAUUUGCACCGGCAAUGGGUUCCCCUACGGCACUGGAUUUCCCGCCGGUGUGACCGCUGCAUCGACCUGGAAUCGCGAGCUCAUCCGGGCCCGCGCCUAUGCGAUCGCCACGGAGUUCAAAGCUAAAGGGAUACACGCAGUUCUUGGACCUGUCCUAGCUCUGGCCAGGUUUCCUGGCGGUGGCACAAACUUUGAAGGCUUCGGGGCUGAUCCCUUUCUUAUCGGCGUGGCGGGAUAUGAGACAGUCAUUGGGCACCAGGGAGCUGGAGUGCAAGCUGAAGCGAAGCAGUUUCUCGGAUAUGAUGGCCAGCAGUACAAUCGCACGUACUAUUCCAGUAACAUCGACGACAAGACGCUGCACGAAGUAGAGGUCUGGCCCUACGCCGAGGCGGUGCGAGCUGGAACAGCAUGCGUCAUGACGAGCUACCCCUAUGUCAACAACUCCCAAGCUUCUCAGAAUGCACACCUCAUAAACGAUAUUCUCAAGACUCAUCUAGGAUUUCAAGGCUAUACACAAAGCGAUUGGUUUGCCCUCAAGUCUGGUGUUUCAGCCAUACUGGCCGGCUUGGAUCAAGACAUGCCAGGCACAGCUGUCUCCGACACCGACACCACAUGGUCUUAUUAUGGGAAAAAUUACACCACUGCGGUCAUCAACGGUUCAGUGCCAGUGGGGCGUCUGACAGAUGCGGCGACACGCAUCUUGACUCCAUAUUUUUGGCUGGGACAGGACCGCAACUAUCCAUCGAUUAACUUGGAGGACGAUCCCCGCAGAACCAUUACAAAUGCUCAGCGCCAGAGACAUCGUGCGAUUGCGCGUGAGGUUGCUGCCGCAGGGAUGGUUCUUCUGAAGAAUACUGCUGGUAGAAAGGGCCUGCCUCUGGCAAGACCCACCACAAUCGCGCUUUUUGGCCCGGCAGCAGGACAAAACCCUUACGGGCCCAAUCAAUACGGGUAUGGUCCCCGCGCCGACCCUGCGGACUUCGAAAUACCUUUAGGAUACGGAUCGACGCCGUUGACGAUGGGGAUUGCUCAGGGUACUCUAGCCGGGGGUGGUGGCUCUGGUACUACAUUUUAUCCUAGACUAGAGGAUCCAAUCAGCGCGAUACAAGAGCGUGCCAGUAAAGAUCUGACGUUGGUAGACUGGUCGACUACGACGAACUUAAAUAUGGCCUCUUUCGUGGCAAAGCGGGCAACCGUAUGUCUCCCUAUCGUAUCAUCCUUCUCCGGCGAGGGCACCGAUCGAAAUUUGAGCCUUCUUCAAAACGGCGACGACUUGAUAAGAACCGUGGCAAACGGCUGUGACAACACCAUACCCGUUAUUCAGUCUGCCUGGAUCGAUCACCCGAACGUGACAGCAGUCGUCUGGGCCAAUUUGGGUGGUCAGGAACUUGGCCCUGCCUUGGUUGAUAUUCUGUAUGGAGCUGUGAACCCUUCGGGACGGCUGGUCUACACGAUUGCAAGGAACGACUCGGACUACGCGCAACCUCACACCGUCACUACGCCUCAGCCAUAUCCGCAGCUAAAUUAUACUGAGGGCGUGUCCGUCGACUACCGCGGCUUUGAGAAGAACAAUAAAACGCCAAGGUACUGGUUUGGGCAUGGCUUGUCUUAUUCCAACUUUACCUACAGUGGCCUCUUGAUACUGGCACAAGCGGGCCUCUCGGAAUCGCUUAGACAACCUAUUGACUACGUCGCCGAUGCACCUGGUGGAGACAGCAGACUCUACGAUGUCGCAAUCGUAGUUGAGUUUCAGCUGCGCAAUGAAGGACCUUGGGACGGCACUGAGAUUCCCCAGCUAUACCUUGAGAUGCCUCCGAAGGCCGGCAACCCGACGAAGGUACUUCGAGGAUUCGAAAAUGUUCACAUUCGUGAUGGCGAAACAAAACCCGUCAAAAUUUUCCUGACACCACACUUUGCAGGUGGCUGUGGAGUGCCUGUUCGGGCUAGGGCCGUGCCGUCUGCGCGUGGAGCUUGGGUGAACCAGGCAGGACCCUGGUUUGAAACGCUUGGGCGCGCAUUCUCUGUGCCUGUGCCUGUGCCGUACUUCUUCUCCAUCACUUGCUGUCGCUGUUUGGGCUUCAAGGCUCGCAGCAGAGACCGUGUUGACGAAGGCGCCCUAACCCUGAAAUUGCCCCAGGCCGUUUGGAACGUGUCCUUAUUUUCCCAGACCGGUUGGUUGACCUCUGUGGAACUCGCCUCACCUGUCAACCAGCAGACCGCCAUCCGGGCACUCUUCCUCAAAGCCGGCGCCAACAUUACUGCCCAGCUGGCCUCACGCUGGCACACCCAGGACCCUAUUCCCCAGCCCAUCGACCGCCAGCGUAUCCUUGAGUUUGCCAUCUACGGCUUUUUCCAGGCACAGCUCGGUUACUGCUGGCACGUCUUCCUCGAGCGGCUCUUCCCAAGCCGCCACUCUCUCCCAGCCGAGUCGCCUGCACCUCCCAAACCCGAGAAAAAGGACGAUGAUGAGGAGCGUCGCAUGAGCACAGAGGGCACCUCUGCAAAGUUCUUAGAAUCCCUGCGGACCACAGGCACAGGCGUUAGAUGGCCAUGCAUCAUAGCAAAACUGGUGCUCGACCAGACAAUCGGCAUGGUCACCUUUCUCACCAUCUUCAUCGUCUGGACCAACUGGUUCCGCGUCGACACCUUUGCCGAAAUAGCAGCCAUAUGGAGGUCCAAGAUAUUCGUGAUCCUGUCCACCGGAUGGAUGAUCUGGCCAUGGGUCAUGCUGCUCAACUUCGUCUUUGUCCCGGUAGAGAAACGGCAGCUCGUGUCUGUCUGCGUUGGGUUUUGCUGGAAUGUCAUACUGAGUCUCCUUACCCACCCUGAUCCGCCUCACUCGCACCACUGA